CAGUCGUCUCUCUCUUUUUCUACCGAAAACGGUAACAGGCAGCAGGCACUUUUCAGCAGCUGCUCCGUGCGUGCGUGUGUGUGUGCGAGAUCCGAACCGAACCGAUCUGUUCCGUUACGUUCCGUUACCGUAGACGUCGCCGUACCGUUAUCCUUCGCGAACUUCAAAGGACACUCCUUUGCACUGCUCUCGCCCAUCAUCCUUGAUUGUCAGUCAAGUCCAAUCGACGCCAAGCCGGAAUAAUGUCAUCCGCCGCGAAGAAACGGGAGGCGCAGAAGAAGAAGGAUGCGCGCAACAAGAAGAUCCAACAGAUACCCUCCACCAAGAAGGCCAAUGGUGUCCCGGAACGCGAACUGACCGAGGAGGAGAAGCUGUGCGCCAAGCUGGAGGAGGAGGCCCGGAUCAGUGCGGAGGCCCGAUCCUGCACCGGAUCGCUGGCGGUGCAUCCGCGUUCCCGUGACGUCAAGAUCGCCAACUUUUCGAUCACGUUCUUUGGCUCCGAGCUGCUGCAGGACACCAUGCUGGAGUUGAAUUGCGGGCGUCGCUACGGUCUGAUUGGCCUGAACGGAUGCGGUAAGUCCUCGCUGCUGGCCGUGCUUGGCGGCAGGGAGGUGCCGGUACCGCCGCACAUCGACAUCUUCCACUUGACGCGCGAAAUCCCGGCCAGUUCAAAGAGUGCGCUGCAGUGCGUCAUGGAGGUGGAUGAGGAGCGCAUUAAGCUAGAGAAGCUGGCCGAAGAGCUGGCCAUGAGCGAGGAAGAUGAUGCUCAGGAGCAGCUGAUCGACAUCUACGAGCGGCUGGACGAUAUGUCCGCCGAUCUGGCAGAGGUCAAGGCGGCCCGCAUCCUUCACGGUCUUGGCUUCGACAAGGCCAUGCAACAGAAACAGGCCAAGGACUUCUCAGGUGGUUGGCGUAUGCGUAUCGCCUUGGCCCGCGCGCUGUUUGUGAAGCCCCAUCUGCUGUUGCUGGACGAGCCGACGAAUCACUUGGAUUUGGACGCCUGUGUGUGGCUGGAGGAGGAGCUUAAGACAUACAAGCGAAUCCUGGUGCUCAUCUCGCACUCGCAGGAUUUCCUCAACGGUGUCUGCACAAACAUCAUUCACCUGACGGGCAAGCGACUCAAGUACUAUACGGGUAACUAUGAGGCCUUUGUGCGCACACGCAUGGAACUGCUGGAAAACCAGAUGAAGCAGUACAACUGGGAACAGGACCAGAUUUCGCACAUGAAGAACUACAUUGCUCGAUUCGGUCACGGUUCCGCCAAGUUGGCGCGACAGGCGCAGUCCAAGGAGAAGACGCUGGCCAAGAUGGUUGCUCAGGGACUCACAGAGAAGGUGUCCGACGAUAAGGUGCUCAACUUUUACUUCCCAUCGUGCGGCAAGGUGCCGCCACCCGUGAUUAUGGUUCAGAACGUGAAUUUCCGAUACAACGAUGAGACACCGUGGAUCUACAAAAAUCUGGAGUUCGGAAUUGAUCUAGACACACGUCUCGCUUUGGUUGGACCCAACGGAGCUGGCAAGUCCACGUUGCUGAAGCUGCUUUAUGGCGAUCUGGUGCCCACCUCCGGCAUGAUCCGCAAGAACUCCCAUCUGCGCAUCGCCCGCUACCACCAGCAUCUGCACGAGCUGCUCGAUUUGGAUGCCAGUCCGCUAGAGUACAUGAUGCGUGCCUUCCCUGACGUCAAGGAGAAGGAGGAGAUGCGCAAGAUUAUUGGUCGCUACGGCCUCACUGGUCGCCAGCAGGUGUGUCCGAUUCGCCAGCUCUCCGAUGGCCAGCGGUGCCGCGUGGUGUUCGCCUGGCUCGCCUGGCAGGUGCCCCAUCUUCUGCUACUUGACGAACCCACCAAUCACUUGGACAUGGAGACAAUCGAUGCGCUCGCGGAUGCGAUCAACGAUUUCGAUGGCGGCAUGGUGCUAGUUAGUCACGAUUUCCGUCUGAUUAAUCAGGUGGCUGAGGAGAUUUGGGUAUGCGAAAAGGAGACGGUAACCAAGUGGAAGGGCGGCAUUCUGGACUACAAGGAUCAUCUGAAGAACAAGAUCACCUCCGAGAACGAGAAGAAGGCCAAGGCGGGAAAGUAGAUAUAUCCCAUAUCCAGUGGAUAGAUAGCUGCCAACGGCCACACACUCGCACACACACAGUCGCGCAUCCAAAACACCCAAACACACAACCAAACGCAUCCCUCAACCGAAAGGACAUUCAGACCGCUAUCCCUUCUCUUCAAUAGGCGGCGGGCGACAUCCGGCUAUUGGGCUGCCCGUUCGCUGCAAUCCAUUCUGUGCGAAAUUAGUUUUGCGUUUACUCUACGCUAUAGUGAAGUCACAAUUCGAUCGGCCAACCAGUAAAAUAAUCAACAAUAAAACUAGAACGAACCGAACACCCAAUCCAAACCUAUCCAAUCACAACCAUGCGUAACACAACCGUUGACAACUCAACAGGAACACACAAAUUUUAGCUGAAUUUUUUCUUUUUACGUGUCGAAUUAAAGUUAUAAAAUUAUAAAUAUAUACAAUUACGAAGUGGACAGGCAGAAAGAACUAUAACUUAUAAAUACAACCAACCAACUAUAUACAAAACUGCUUGUGAUCUUGCGCUUAUAUAAUUUCGUUUAAUUCUUCGCUAGGUUUCAUGUAAACAUAUAUAUAAAAAAUGAAAAGUGUACUUUAUUUUUUUGUAAUUUAUUUAAGCCUUAACUAUAUAUUUAAAAAUUAAAAAAUCUAAACUACAACAACAGACGUAUGAAUGAUUAAGCGAAUAGUAGUCGCAGCAAAUUGUGUGAGAAACGAUGUUAAACUGCCCUCCCAAAUCGGAACCGUGAUUUAGUUGCUCGCGGAUUCGAACAAGACAAUUAAAUAUUCUUCGAUUCGAUUUAAAACACAAUGCAAAGUAAAUGGAAAUUGUAACAGGCUUAGGAAGGAUUAAUGGGUAUUACAUGAAACGUACAUGCAUACAUAUAUGAAAAUUUACAAAUUACAUAAACAAACAGAUAUUAUAGGAUAUUUAACAAAUUGGAAUUGUAAACUCCAGCGAAAAACAAAAAAAAAAAAAGUUUUGUAAGCAAACACAAAGAAAUCACGAAAUUCGAUUCGGAAUAUCAGUUGUGGCACCCGAAGAGUGUCGCAUUAAUUAGCUAACUUAAUUGAGAAAUUGCUAAGAAACAAAAAACAGAAGUUGCUUGACAAAGGUAAAAUAAACAAAUUAAAUGACC